AUGGCUCUCUGUUUAGGCAUUUCGGGUAUCGAGAGCGAGGCCGAUAAGGAGGCUCAGAAGCGCAACGGGGCGAGGAGAUGCAAGAGAGGCGGGAUCGCUUUCACUAUGCAAAAUUUCGCCAACAUUUUCAAUACCGCGUCGAGGUUCAACCCGGCUGCGGUUCUCACCUUCAAGCCUUUGGACGCUCCAGCUAGGAGGCAUCUGCAGAAAAUAUACGGGAUUCUGACGAUCGGCGUGGCAUGCACAGCAGCUGGCUGUUGGUUUCACAUACAUGUUGCGCACAUAGGCUCCUUCAUCACCGCGAUCAUGUCCAUAGCUCUUCUGAUGGGGUCGAUGUACACCACUGAUCCCUACAACGACCGUAUCGACCCUAAGCGCUUGGCUAUGUUCGCAGGAUUCGCCUUCUUGAAAGGAACCUCUCUGGGACCUCUCAUUCACUAUUCGGUGAUGAUUGACCCAGACCUGCUUAUGACAGCCUUCUACGGCACACUGGCCAUCUUCGCCUGCCUUUCUGCGUGUGCCAUAUUCUCGCGUAGGCGAGAGUGGCUCUAUCUAGGCUCGAUUCUGAGCUCGGUGAUGCUGUACAUGGCCUUAGUCAACAUCGGGAAUAUCUUCUUCCGUUCGAACCUGGUAUUCAACUUGAACCUCUAUGGAAUGCUCUUGGUAUUCAUGGGUUACGUCCUGCUCGACACUCAAGUGGCCAUUGAGUCCUUCUACAGCGGCUACAGAGACCCUAUUAAGGCUGCAGGCGAACUCUACACCGACCUUGUUGCUAUUUUUAUUCGAAUUUUGGCCAUCCUGAUGAGGAACUCGGAGGGUCGUAGGAAGGAGGACGACAGACGCCGAAGACGCUAA